CACAGCGGAGCAGUCGGAAGACAGAACACACACGCGUGCACUCACACUCACACCCAGGGAGGGCGAGUGAAAGAGGAAACUGCAGAAGAGGAAACAGCGGCUGCGCUGCAGUUGAAAGUCUGUGUGUGUGUGUGUGUGGUGUGUGUCUGCCUGCCUUGAGUCCGUGUCCGUGCCCCUCCCGGGCUCAGCAUCCUGCCGGCUGAGCCCAGGACCGGCUGGGCCCAGGACCGGCUCGGCCUCGGCCUUCCGGGGGCCGGUGCAGCCGUGCCCGCCAGCCCCCUCCGCAGCCCCCUCGUGCAGCCCCCCGCCCCUCGGCUGCCAUGGCCCGGGAGAACGGCGAGAGCAGCUCCUCCUGGAAAAAGCAAGCCGAGGACAUCAAGAAGAUUUUCGAGUUCAAGGAGACCCUGGGGACGGGUGCGUUUUCUGAAGUGGUUUUAGCAGAAGAAAAGGCAACUGGAAAACUCUUUGCAGUUAAGUGUAUCCCCAAGAAAGCACUCAAGGGCAAGGAGAGCAGCAUUGAGAAUGAAAUUGCAGUUCUGAGGAAAAUCAAACAUGAAAAUAUCGUUGCUCUGGAAGAUAUCUAUGAAAGUCCCAACCACUUAUAUCUGGUUAUGCAGCUUGUCUCCGGGGGUGAGCUCUUUGAUCGCAUAGUGGAGAAAGGAUUUUAUACAGAAAAAGAUGCCAGUACACUUAUCCGGCAGGUCUUGGAUGCUGUAUACUACCUCCACAGGAUGGGAAUUGUGCAUAGGGAUCUCAAGCCCGAAAACCUGCUAUACUACAGCCAGGAUGAGGAGUCUAAAAUCAUGAUCAGUGACUUUGGAUUGUCAAAAAUGGAGGGAAAAGGAGAUGUCAUGUCUACAGCUUGUGGCACACCAGGAUAUGUUGCUCCUGAAGUCCUAGCCCAGAAACCCUACAGCAAAGCAGUGGACUGCUGGUCCAUCGGUGUGAUUGCCUAUAUUCUACUCUGUGGUUACCCUCCCUUCUAUGAUGAAAAUGACUCCAAACUUUUUGAACAGAUCCUCAAAGCAGAAUAUGAGUUUGACUCCCCAUACUGGGACGACAUAUCAGAUUCUGCCAAAGAUUUCAUUCGGAAUUUGAUGGAGAAAGACCCCAACAAAAGAUACACGUGUGAACAGGCUGUCCGGCACCCCUGGAUCGCGGGCGAUACGGCCCUCAACAAGAAUAUCCACGAAUCCGUCAGUGCUCAGAUUCAGAAGAACUUUGCGAAAAGCAGAUGGAGGCAAGCGUUCAAUGCCACGGCCGUCGUGAGACACAUGAGGAAACUGCAUCUUGGGAGCAGCCUGGACAGUUCCAACGCGAGCAUGGCAGGAGGCCUCAGCCUGGGUGCCCAACUCCCAGAUGGGACAGUCCGAAAAGAUUGUCUGGCCUCUUCUACCCUCUGCAGCUUUAUCUCUUCCUCCUCGGGUGUCACCACGGUGGCAGCCGAACGGAGACCGCGACCCACCACUGUCACUACAGUGCACACUGGCAGCAAGUGACUGGCCCUGGGGACAGCGGGGUGACAGAGGAAACCGUUCCCCUGGCAGCCGGGGCCGAGGCGUCCCUCCAGCGAGAUUUCACCGGGCACGGGGCUCUGUCCCCCGUGGGACUGGAAGAAAGAAGUUUUUUAUGGCCAUAUUUUAUACUACUAUUCUGAAGUGUUUCAUUUCUCACAAACUGCAAUGACUCCAAGUUAACACCCACGGGGAACCGAUUUAACAGGAUCUGGUGCUGUAUAUACGAGUCUAGCAGUCUACAAUGUUCUAGCUGAAAGGACACUUAUUUUCCUCUUAUUCCCACCCCUAGCCAAUUACUCUUCUCAGUGUAGGUAACGAUAUAUGUUGUAUUUUUUCAUUAACUAAAAAAAAAGGUUUCAACUGGAUUAUUUAAAUAUCAGUAACUUUUGUGCAUUAGAGCUUUUUCCUUUUAAGAAGUAUUUUCUUUUGGAUCUGUACCUCUUGGUACAGGUGGUUAAGAUUCCUUGCUUCUGUAAGUAGAGAUUUAUGUUAACCUUAAAAUGCAUUUUUUUUGGUGGGGGGUGGGGUAUAGAGUUGGGGAGGUGAAGGAUUUAAAAGGCUUUUUUAACUAUUGCAAUCCAAGGGAGACUCUGAUAGUGUAACUUGAUUCUUGCUCCUUCCCCACUGCUGCCCACCUCCACCCCAGUUCUUCAUCAGUCAGCAGCCACCGACUCACACAAGCACCUCAGCAACCGCAAAGGUGUUUAACCCAUCGGCCCUCCUCUCAGCACAUCCUUGUCCCUAGUAGUCCCAGAAGCUGCCCCAGAAACUCAGACAUGAGAAAGAGGGCCACUUCCAGACGAAACCAUUUCGGCCAACCCCUCAAACCCUGGUUUCCUAUGGGAAGGAAGCGCCUCCUCUAAAGCUGACCAGAGUAUCUGGUGUUUCCUUUGCAACUUUUCAGGAUAAACUUGCAAAAGAAAGGGAUAACUAUGUAGUCUUUUUUUAAAGGCUUCCUUUCUAGUUGAAAGGACUAUUUCUUACUGACAUUGCCCAGGCACAGAUAGUUCUCAAGCAACUAGCCACAGCUCUGUUGUUCUCAUUCGAAAACCAUCUGUUUUGCCCCCAACUUCACUAUGUCAAUAGAAAACUGUCUCUCCAGAUGUCGACCCCCAUUCCCUCUGCCUGAAGGGAAAUUGUUCGGGGAGUUAUUCCUUUUAAUUAGGCCCCGUGAAAGCAGAAACAAUCUGAACAAACCAUUCCUUCCUCUCUCAGUCUCGGAUCAUGCAUCUGGGGCUAAGUACCAGCCCCCCGAUGGUGGAAUUAGAUAAGCCACAGUGGACACAGCAGUGUGAGGCAGAUAGGGGAACCCAACCAUAGUCAUCUUUCAGACUCACAGACUUCAAAGAGGCUGUUUUGCAGGCGAAGGGACAGAUAUUCCAGAAGACAAAGACACAUUCUGACCCAGGGCCCCUUGCAGGGAACACUACCUGAGUAUUUCCCGGGUCUCCAGUUGGUCCUGGAGUCUGAUCAGUCAGUUCAAACCCCAGGUUCCCAUCAUGGUGUGCUACUGAGGCUGAGGUCCUCCUCCAUCAAUAAAAGCAGGCUGUAAGAAUUGGGCAGUUCAUAUAGGCCCACGGCUAGGAAAUAGGAAGUGAGGUUCGAGCUACUUGAGCCUUAAGAAAACCACAAUUAAUAGGUUCUUCAGAAAACAGGUCCCAGCCCCAGGUAGUAAAAUGAACAUUUUAUGGAAUCGGUGUCCUGGGGGUGGGGGGUGUCCAUCUUCAGAAGUACAAUGGUAAGGUGUUAUAGAAUAAUGUUCAAAGUAAUGUGCAUUUCCCUGGAACUAUUCGAACCCCUGCCUUUUAUUAGCAACCGAGGUAAACAGUUUUGUGGGAGUGGAUGACUAUAAUUCUGCACCUUUAUGUGUACUAUAUAAAAGAGCACUUUUUGAGGCCUUGUGAGCUAUGCAGUCAUUGGCACUUGAAAAAUCUGAAGCUCAAUUUUGUGUUUCAUGUGCUUCAAGAAUUUUUACUGCAAACUUUCGGGGUGCAUGUUAUGUGAUGAAUGCAUGUCAUCAAACUGCAUUUAUGAGCUAGCCAAAAGGAAAGCCCAUUAUGCAGGUGAACCCUUGGAUUUGGGCCGGUUUUCUCUGCCAUUGCCGUAAACCUGUAAUGCAACUGUGUCUCAUGUUAAUACUAUUUCUUAAAGUGCUUAGUGGUUUCA